UAAAUUUUCAACUAUGUCAUCUAGGCGUCCUACUAUACCUGGCACUCCUUCGAGCCCUACUGAAGUCAAGCGAAAGAAGAACCGUGAAAAGGUAAAGCGCUAUAGGGAUAAGAUGAAGAAGUACUACGAGGACCUUGAGAGCGAGAACGAGAGGUUAUCAAAGAGAGUAGUCGUCCUUAAUGACCAAGUGAGCAGGAUGCAAGCGGAUAAUGAGAAGUUAACACAAGAAAUACAGCAGAUGAAACAGAAGGAGAGAUAUGACCAUAUCUCUGAACUCAAAACCAACCAGUCCGCCUUUGAACGUAUACCUGCCAAAGCUGACAAGUUGGAGACUUCAGGGAAUUUAGAGAAAGUAUUUCAGAGGGAGGAACAUUUCUGGAGUGUGACACUUCCGAAGAUGAUCAGUGAGAAUCCGGAUAAUGUCCGCCAGACCUUAAUACAGCAAAAUCGAGAGAUUAUAGGAGUAUAUGGUACUGCUAGAAUCGCCUUUCUGAAGCAACAGUUCACGAAGAUCAUCGAAAAUAUCUUGCCUAUCCAGCUAAAAGUUUUCUUGCAUCAAUUUGAUAGCUUUAAACUUGAAGAAUGGAUGAAGCUCAAAGAGGCUAAAAAGAAGGAUCUUAAUGCUAAUUUAUCUGGGAUUCAGAUACCUUCAAAUUACCAGGAUAAUAACUGUACUACCUCUUUGGUUGAAUACCUUAAGAAGCAUGGCAAAUUAUUGACCACAAAGCUCCUUGAGAUUAGAGGGAAUGUUCAAGCUUUGGUAAGAAUCCGUAAUGAGCUACUUAAAACCAUGAAGGAGAUCAGUGAAUUCUCUUCUUCCACAUACACUCAUGAAAAGCCUGAUCUCAAAAUUAUCGCUAAGAAAUGGGCUCAAUUUCAGGCAGAAGGCCUGACCACGUUCAAGCUAUACAAGCUUGGGUGGAAACCGCACGCGCAUGCAUACUCCGACAGGGCUGACCUGACCGGGUCUGACCAUGACUAGUUCUAC